UCAAUUUUGGGAAUAGACUCUUUUAUUUAAAUAUUAAUUUGCUCAAAUUGUUUCUGUGCUAUAUUCGUACAUGUGUAUUUUAGAAUUAUUCAUAACCAUAUAGUGAACAUUAUUGUACCAGUGAAUAUUUUGUGGUUGUGUUCAAUACGUUGAGGAAUAUGCUUGGACAAGUGACAUAAGUUAUUUAGCUAUUUUUUGUCCCAAUAAUACUGUUUACUGUGACUUAAUUGCAAUGCUGACCUUAGGGAAAGGUAAUAACAUAUGGUGCUGAGAGUGAGUGAGUGAAUAGACGUCCUCACUCAGGAAAACAAAGAAAUCGGAAAACAUCGAGGGUGGUGUGAUGCUCGUUUGAUUUACAGUGAUUUGAUUGUGAUAUUGUAUAUUGUUUGAAAGAUAAGUGAUCGUGUAGUGCAUUUAGUGUAUCGUUCGGAGUUCGUUUGAUUCCAUUCAGUUAAUAAUGCUCAAAGUGUUAAUGCUCAUCUCAUCAGUUCCUGAAUACGGCCGAUGCCUCUAGUACAUAUACGUCCAUAUAGUGAAUUGAAGAGUGUUAUUUUGGAAAAUAAUAGUGAGAAUAUGUUUAAUGUAUCGCAAUGAAAGAAUCGAUUAGUUUUUAAUUUUUGCGAAACACCGCCAUCUAUUGCCGAGUAGCGGACCUAUGUAGUACAAGACAGAAUGGAGGCCGGUUACAUACCGGUGUCGAUUGGCAAUGCUGGGAACGCGCCGCCUCCCAGCGUGGUGGCGCCAGCGACAAAUGUGAUACGCGCGCCUAGUUUAAAACGGGGUAAAAUGGAGGAAGCCAUCUCAGAUCGGAUCAAAUUGGAGAGCGUGCUCGGGCUGACAGUGGGUAGUAAUGCGGCUCUUGACUGUGAUCCCAACACAGAGAUCGUCGCUUAUCCCGCAGGAUGCACGGUGGUGUUGUACAACGUCAGGAAAAACAGACAGUCCCACGUGCUGAAUGCGUCACGCAAAAGCGUGACGUGCGUUGCGUUCUCUCCCGAUGGGCGGUACCUUGCGACUGGGGAGUGUGGACACGCGCCCGCUGUGCGAGUGUGGGAUCUACACGAUCCAACCGCUUCCGGGGCCGUGCAGAUAGCAGAGUUUCCAGGACACACCCAUGGCGUCAGUUGUGUGGCAUUCUCGACGUCAUCGAAAUAUCUAGUGUCAGUUGGGUCGCAACAUGACAUGAUAGUCAAUGUAUGGGACUGGCGCGCCAAUCUCAAACUGGCCAGCAAUAAGGUCUCGUCCAGAGUGAAGGCAGUGAGUUUCUCUGAAAAUGGAAAUUACUUCGUCACUGUAGGGUUUAGACAUGUCAAGUUCUGGUAUCUUGAGUACUCUAGGAAUGCAAAGUUCAAAGAGCCGGUACCCCUGAUGGGGCGGUCUGCGAUCCUUGGCGAGCAGAAGGAUAACGAGUUCUGCGAUGUGGUUUGUGGACGCGGUGCUUCGGCCGACAGCACGUAUGCCAUCACACGCGGCGGCUUGCUUUGCGAAUUCAACGGCCGUCGCUUGCUCGACAAAUGGGUCGAGCUUAGGACGACGUCGGCCAACUGUAUGGCUAUCGGUAACGAGUAUAUCUUCGUGGGAUGCGCGGAGGGCAUCGUGCGGUGUUUUUCGCCAACGGCGCUGCAGUAUAUCACAACACUACCUCGGACGCACUAUCUCGGAGUCGACGUCGCUCAGGGUUCCUCCAUCAGCCAUAUGUUUACACAACCACAGAAUGCGCGAUACCCAGACGCUGUAGCGUUAACAUACGAUGAGCGGAACCACAAGCUCACGUGUGUGUACAACGAUCAUAGUUUAUAUGUGUGGGACGUCAGAGAUAUUAAAAGGGUGGGUAAAUGCCACUCGGCGUUAUACCACUCGGCGUGCAUCUGGGGCGUGGACGUAGCGCCGAGCGGCGGGCCACUGCCGCCGGGAACGUUCCUCACGUGCUCUAGCGACGACACUGUUCGCGCCUGGAACCUUUCCUCCGCCUCCAACAUCUAUAGCAACGAGCUGUCCAAAGUGAUAUAUGUCGAUCCUGAAUUAAAGUUCCUGAAGGAUGUAGACCUGACAGCAACUAGCGAUAAAGACAAGUCGAAAUCUUACGACGACAAGACUGGAGUUAGAUGCGUGCGCGUGUCCCCGGACGGCGCGCACGUGGCGGCGGGCGACCGCGCGGGCAACGUGCACGUGCACCGCGCGGACGGCGGCGGCGGCGGCGGCCCGCUGCACACGCUGGAGGCGCACGACGCAGAGGUGCUCUGCCUCGAGUACUCGGCCCGGCCCCGCCUGCUCGCCUCCGCCUCCAGGGACCGCCUCAUACACGUGUUCCGCGUCGACCAGGAUUAUCAAUUAUUGCAAACUUUAGACGAGCACUCGUCAUCUAUAACCGCAGUCCGAUUUCUGAGUACGGACAGACAGCUACAAAUGGUUUCUUGUGGAGCAGAUAAGACUAUACUCUUUAGACAGAUACGAACGAAUCAAGAUGGUAGCUAUCAAUUUGCUCGAGGACAGAACGUGUCCGGUCGAACCACUCUGUAUGAUAUGGAGGUGGAUGCGGGCGGCAGACAUAUACUUACGGCCUGCCAGGAUCGCAACGUUCGCGUAUACAGUGCGGCGCAGGGACGGCAUACCAAGACCUUCCGAGGGACCACCGCAGAAGAUGGCACACUCAUCAAGGUGGCACUAGAUAGCAGCGGUAUAUACCUGGCGACAUCGAGUACGGACAAGAUACUCAGCGUGUACGAUUAUUAUUCUGGCGAGUGUAUGGCUACCAUGUAUGGGCAUUCGGAGAUUGUUACUGGACUCAGGUUCACCCCGGACUGCCAACAUUUGGUGUCAGCGUCAGGAGACGGUUGCAUCUUCGUGUGGAGAGUGCCACAUGACAUGGUGGUCACCAUGCGAGCCCGACUCGCACAGCAAGCAAUCCGGCAGGGCAAGAAAGUGUCGGGACCAGCCAACGGCAUGGCGGCGUUGGAUAGCGAAAGUGAUUCACACUUCGGGUCUCCGCCCCGUGACAUGCCUGAACAAACCGUGUACGGAACUCCCAUUGUUCCAGAUUAUACGUUACGCAUCGGGAAGUUGCCGACGUGGGCCAAGAAGAGCCUGGGCGACGCCGUGCCGGCCGCGCCCCCCGCCGGCCCCGCCGCGCCCUCCGCCCCCGCCGCCCCCGCGCACCCGCCCCGCGGCAAGUGGGCCACCAGGGUACAGCCAGACAAACGCGUGGACUCAGACGGUUCCAAAGAUAGUUCUUUAGACAGCGGUACUGACACUAGAUAUAUAGAAAAAAGAAGAGAUCAAACAAACGUGAAACAGAGGCCGAGGUCCCUCAACCUGACGCAGUUACCCAGAUUGGAAGCCCUAUUCCGCCAUUUUGAUAACACCAUGAGAAAGACAUAUGACAUACUCAUGGUAUCUCCGAGAGCCGAGAAGGUAACUAUUUUGUCCAAUACCCGAACGGGUGAUGGUAGAACUCGGCACCAUACGGACGACUCGUCGCUCGGCAGUUUUAAGUACGAGGAUCAGGAGUCGACGGAGCACGAUGGUGACAUUGAGGACAUAUCGGACGGUGAGAGAACCUCAUCUUCUGAACGUGGUAACCGACCUACUUAUUAUCCGGGAAACAAUGAGGCCAACACCCCAAGUGAGUUUAUGGUGAACGCAAUGGAUGCCGAAGAGUUGCGGCAAUCAGUGCGUCGCUCUAAGAGGUGGAAAGGGGAGUCGCCUAGACUAGAGUUACCACCAAGUGGGACCUCGCUCAGUGGUUCGGGGCACGACUCGGAUGACGAUGAGGUUUCAACUCCAUCUGGUGACAACACAGAAAGGAAUCCCUUAUCGGGUUCAUGCGAGUCGAUCGACACCGCUGGUCGUCGAGAGAAGUAUAUCAAAUCGGCGUUCGACAGUUUGAGUGGCGCCGAUUUGGAGACUUCACUAACUGGAGGCAACACAUCUCUAUCAUCACAACACUUGUCGCGAGCUCCGGUUCCAGCAGCUAGACCUUCGGCUCCAGCACCAGCACCGAGGACCCCGGGCAAACACGUGGAUCCUGAAGCGGCACGGAAACGAGAGGAACUCACCAGGCGAAUACUGGAGACACGGCGGCAGCUUGAAAGCGUUGCAUUCCGAUCAAACUUGAAAAGUAGCCAGUCUACGACAGAUCUGUCUUACGUACCAGAAAAAGAUGGCUCUCGGCGGGCCCGACCCAUCUCUAUGGCUGUUCCGUCCAAUACGAGGCAAUAUGUCAAUCGCAACCACAUGUCGUCUGAGCCUGAAGAGGAGUCUGCGGGGAUGAGGCGGGCUAUAUCGCUGUCCGACCUCGCUGCCAAACCUAUGCCGGCACCGAGAAUGCCACAAGGCACAUCGAAACCGGCCCAACCAGCACCUGUGACUAAAUCCCCCAGCGGGUUCGUCCGUCCGUCACCUCGCUAUAAUAAUAAAUCCAACAUGACCCGGAGUUCGAGUGUUGGUGUUUUAAAUAAUCAGAGCGAUUCUGAAUCCGAUCCACAACCGUCGCGCCCGCAGCCGAAUCGGUCUCAGGGGCUAAUGCGACCGACCAUCAGUUCCAUGAACAAAGUAGCUGCGAAUACAGCCCGGAGACGAGGACUGGCCAACGCAUAUAGUGCAGUGAGUCUCUCGACUGGGGGGCAGGAGGAAUCCAGCUCAGAGGCUGAGGAGAGGCCAACGGAGAAACCUGCAGUCCCACCUCGCCCGAGAGCAGGCUCAGUCGAUCAGCGGCGUAUUGGGCGUAGCGGCAGUGAACGAGAUCUGUCAGCGAAGGCGCGUGAAGUGACCGCGCGGCUGACGGCCAACACGAGGCAGCGAACUAAACAGGAGGUCGCUCAGGAGGCUAAUAUGACGUCAUCACAGCUGUGCUCCGCGUUGACUGAACAACUGACGAAAACCGCAUGCAAAGUAGUCCAGCUGUACACGAGUCUGCAGAGGGAGCCCAACUCAGCUGCUGACAUCAGCGGUCUCGAAGCGGCUAUAGUAGAAACUCAAAAGGUCCUCCGUAGCGUUGUGACGCGAAAUGCACAAAAUGGAGGCGAAGCCCUAAACAGCCUCUCGUCCAACGACGGCGAUUACAAAGGUUUAAACGUGGAUUCCACCCGACAGAAGUUGGAGCAUCUCGUCUCGAAAGAAGCAGGCAACGGUGGGAACACUACAGCGCUAUCGUUUUUCGAGCAAUACUCCGAUAUUUUAUUAAAUAUGAUGCAAACGAAAAUGGUGAAUCAGUUCCCACAAAGUCCGCAGAGUUUACCGCCAAAUACAUCAAGAGAACCCGGGGCGGAGAGCUAGUAUAAGCCUAACAUGUGAUAAAGACUUUUUAAAACAAUUAAUUUUACGGUUCGUGUUCUUCGAGUUUUGUGAUUUCAGUAUUUGAAUUUAGAAUGAAUGUGACGUUUAGUGUAUAAUAAUUCUGUCUAUGGCUUGUUUUUGACAUUUGAUUGUAAGAAAUAACAAUUAUCUAAUUAGAAUAAUAUUAAUAAUGUGUCAUAAUCAUCGCUUUCAUAGAUACAUUAUUUUGUCAUCUAAAACGUACUGCUUACAUUUUACCGCAAUAUAUUGUUAGAAACAGCACAAACAUAUAGCACAAACAGAUUCUGUGAAUUAAGAAUAUCACACAAUACAGUCCCUUUUUCCCAAGGUAUGAAAGUACAGGUUUAAGUGGUAACAGAAUAUAGUGCAGAUUUUGUGUAAAACAUUGCCUUUUUUAAAGAAAUGAAAAAUAUUUUUCUAUCAAUCAAAUGUCAUAGAUGUCGUAAAUAAGUCGGGAUUAACACAACAGAUGGGUAUGGUACAUACUCAUCUUGUUGACUCCACGCAAUCUGGGAGGGACACUGUAAAACUCUGAUUUUAUUCGCACGAUAAAAUUAUAUGUUUUACUGCAGGAUAUUGAGUAAGUAUGUCAAGGAAUAAACGAUUUGAAAUGGUUCCCAAAGUUGACAGCAACCCACCUAAUAAAAACAUGCACACUUGGGACUCUAGCCUGUCCUAAAGCAUUACGGGCAUAAACUAUUAGGAAAGCUCAGCUUGCUUACUGGUUUCGAGGCAUGCUCAAUAUUUGAGACCGUAAUUUUGGAUGUACUUGUCUAGUUUUACUAUAAAAAAAAUGUCAUCAAUAAUUGACGAAAUGGAACAGACUGUAAUGCUAUCACUCUCUAGCAAAUAAUAGAGAUGUAGCUACUUCUCUUCUUUGCACAUUUAUUACUCCAGUUUGGUGUUGCUAAUUCAUAUACCACGCUGUUAUGGUCAAAUUAUAC